UUUUAAAAUAUUUUAUCAAUCUUCAACAAAUCCUCCUAUUACGACUAAAAAACUUUACUUCUUCUCAAUGCUCCGUGUUCGUUUUACCACCCUUCUAGUUAUUCUCCUGGCUAUUUGGACUUCUCUUAAUUGUGUUAUGUCAGAAGAGGUUACUUAUGUUGGGUAUGGUCGUCACACAAUGGUCAACAAUAUAAUUACUCGAAUUGGCACAGCAAGUCGUAUUGCAAAAACCAACGAGGACCUAGCAGAUUACAAAGGGACGGAGAAUGCUUGCGAUGUGAAGUUUGAUGAUAAUGGGGAUAUGUAA